AUGCAUGUGAAGCUUAAAGCUGUAUAUACACUUGUCGAGCAGCUGUAUACCGGGAGUCAACGUGCAUUAGCCACCAUUUCGCCAACAGGUGAAGCACCAACUAUGCUGAUAGAUGUGUUAAAGAGACUCGCCGUGCUGCCUGUGAGAUUUGACGAAAUAAAGCGAUCCUCUGCAAGAGCUGGCACAAUGACGGCUUUGAGCCGGGCCAAGGCAUGGGUACCAGAGCUUGACCCGUCUGAGGUAGCCACUGGUUACCCAAGCCUAAAAGAAGAUGGUACGCCUUUCGAUCAGAAAAUUUUUGCAGCCUGCGUAAAAGAAAUUCGUCCGAUGGCUACUCUGAUUGCCAAUGAUUCGGACCUCUCCAAGUACCAUCCGGCUUAUGACCAGGAGAAUAAGAAGAUGGCAACUCCAGCUUACAAAUUUCUACGGGGGAUGUCAGAGAAGGACGAGAAGAUCAAAUUAUUAGUAGACAUGGGCUUUUCUAAAGAUGAAGCAAAUAUGGCUAUUACAAGAUGUGGUAUGGAUGUUGAUCUAUGUGAAUUAGUUGAUUCGAUAAGUGCAUCACGAAUUACAGAAGAUAGUCAUUCUAGAAACUUAUCUGACCAUCAGGUCACAGAUCAGUGCUUCCAUUCAUUUGGAGGGAGAAAGAAAGCAAGAUUGAUGGAAGAGAGCAAGAAAAAGAGGAACCGGUAUGGAGGUACAGCACAGGGAAAUCAACCCUCCUUGGAUGGUAGCCAUGAUGAACCAAUGCCUCUCCCAAAUCCAAUGGUUGGGUUUAAUUUGCCAGGUAAUUCGCAACCAUCAAUUACUAGAAUACUUCCUAAACAAGAUAGUGGACCACCCUUUUUCUACUAUGAAAAUGUGGCCCAUGCUCCCAAAGGCCAUUUGUGUGCAACUGCAAGGAAAAGAGGCUACAUCCAUAAUUUGCCAAUUGAGAAUAGAUCACCUAUUCUUCCUAUGCCUCCAAAGACCAUAUUUGAGGCAUUCCCUCAUUACAAGAAGUGGUGGCCUUCAUGGGACCUGAGAACACAUCUCAAUUGCUUGCAAACAAAUGUUGCAAGUGCGAAGCUGACAGAACGGAUCGGGUGUGCUCUUGCAAGCUCGGACAGUCCACCGACUCGAAGUGUUCAAAAAUAUGUCAUGAAUGAGUGUAGAAAAGGGAAUCUUGUCUGGAUUGGAAAGAACAAGGUUGCUCCAUUGGAGCCUCAAGAGAUGGAAUAUCUACUCGGUUUCCCAAAGGAUCACACAAGGGGACUAGGCAUCACGGAGAGAUACAAGUGUCUCGGCAACACAUUUCAAGUUGAUACAGUUGCUUACCACUUGUCCGUUUUGAAGGUCAUGUUUCCCAAUGGUGUUAAUGUGUUGUCCUUAUUCACCGGUAUUGGAGGAGGAGAGGUAGCUUUGCACAGGCUGGGCAUCCACAUGAAGGCAAUGGUCUCUGUAGAGAUAAGAAAAGCUAAUAAGAGGAUUUUUAAGGGUUGGUGGGAUCAGACUCAGACAGGCACGCUCAUUGAGAUUGAUGACGUGAAAUCUCUUACCGAUGAUAGGAUUUUAUUAUUUGUUAGUAGAUUUGGCGGCUUCGACUUGGUGAUUGGGGGCAGCCCAUGUAACAAUCUUGCCUGGUGCAACAGAUACAACCGUGAUGGCUUGGAGGGCGAGCAAUCUGCUUUGUUUUGA